AGGCGCGAAAAGGAGCUGAGGAACGGUGUGGAAGAAGUUAUGGAUUCAUCUGUUCCAACUGUUACUGAGGUUCAUGGAAUGCUCCUUGCGUUGCAGAAGAACUUGGAAUGCCCAAUAUGCUUGGAGGUGAUGAAGGAGCCAGUCUCAACAAAUUGUGCCCACAACUUCUGCAGGUUCUGUACAUAUAAGCUUCUAAAACAGAAGAAAGGUGUAACACAGUGUCCACUUUGCAAUGCUAAAGUCACCAAAAGAAGUCUAAGGGAAGAUGUCCGAUUUAAGCAAGUAAUCAAAGUGGUGCUGGAAACCAUCCAUGCUUAUGAGCGUGACACAGGGCUCAAGUUUGAUUGUUGUUCCCCCAAGAAAGUCUCUGCUUCAGUUCCGUGGAAGGAAAAGACAGUUAUUGACAGCAAGGGCUACAGAGACAGACUGAAAAGAAGGAAGGAAGGAAUAAAGGGAAACACAACCUUGGGCGAGAGCUCCAGCUUUCCACUAUGCAACAGAACUGUUGCAAGGUACACCCUGAGAAAGAAAAGUAAUUCUAGUAAAGCCAUCUUCUUUGAAAUUGGAUCGGACUCCUCUGAAGCUGCCUUUAAGAAGGCGGGUGCAAUUAGUUGUAGUAGAAAUAAUUCUUUGUCUCAAGUUGGUGAACCAUGUGCUAAGAAUCGAAGCCUAAGUCCUUGUCAUGUGGAACAUCCUGAGCCAAUUGCUGAAGACUGGGCAUCAUUACAUAUCUUAGGCACAUGUGGUUUCUCGGAAGAAGGACUAGGAAGCACAGAAGGAACUCCAGCCAGUCCUGAAAACAUUGAAGUUGUUGAGGAGAGCAUGGCUGUGGAGAGGAGUCAGGGUUUGUUUUUUCCAGAUCUUUCCAUGGAGCAAGAUACCAGGAAACCUGACUCCAGUUCCAGACAUGAGGAUGAUUCUUGCUCUUUACUCAGUAUGGUGCAAUUGGUUGGUGAAGCCACAAACCUCUCUGCAGAUAAACAGGCAGGUAAUGGCACAGAAAGGGCUGGCAUUGGAUUGCCUACUGGAAGUGCACAAAACCUGUGUGAAGAUGAGGAAAAGUUGCUGCAUUCCCAUACUUCAUCUGACAGUCCCUUGAGUCAAGUCCCUAGGAAGAGACUGAAGCAGAGCAUCCAGAAAGUCAAUGAGUGGUUUUCUAAAAGCAAGGAGGUCCAUUCUCCCAGCUCCCUUCAGGAUGUUCUCAAUGAGGAGGUGAAUCAGGAUCCAGACCCAUAUUUGUCAGAUGCAGAUUCUUGUGUCUCCCAAAAGACCGAGCAGAUGGAAGUCCAAGGGAAGUUCACAGUGGGGUGUGAAGGUGACACGUUUUUGUCCAAACCAAUUACCUCAAAAAUUCAAGAUAAAAUAUUUAGGAGAACAUACAAAAGGAAAUGCAACUCAGCCCCCCUUUGGAAUAAAAGGGAAACAAUCCAGUUCCAAGCAGAUAAGGGCACUGCUGUGAACACAAAAUCCUGUGAUACACCCAUAAAAAAAUCCGUAACGAGAAAAAGGAAGGCCAGUGACUUCGUCAAAAGGCAUGAUGUGACAGAAAGUAGUAAGAGGCCUGGUGGAGAUGAAAAUUCUCCUUUGGAAGUAUGUGACCAAGCCCUUGCCGUUAUUGAUGACAGACCUGUAGCAGACCUAAAGGAAGCUGAGUUCUCAGCAGUACUUGUCAUGGAAGGUGUGUCCAUUUUGGGAGCUGAUGCAAGUGAACAACCUCAGAGCAGAUACCACAAAUUGCCAGAAACAAACCUGAAAAAUCUGAAGAAAGUUAACUAUUUGAGCAAAAAAAGUAGACCAUUAAGCAAGUCAUUUGGUGCACCUCAAGUUGUGAGAGAUAGAAGUUCCAGGUCUCCUGAGAAUGCCAACAUACAUGUAGAUGACAAGGAGCCUAGGGAACUGAGAACAGGCCAGAUGCAAGUCAGGCGGAGCAGGAGGCUUCAGUUGCUCACAGAAGAAGCCUGGAGGGAAGACAGGGGGCUUCAGUUACAGUCAGGAGGAGCUCGGAGGAGAAGUGAACCAGCAAAGAUAAAAAGGAAACAAGUGGAUGAGGGAGAAAAGAAACAAAGUUGGUCUCAAGCGGGAAUCAUGCCAACUUCCUCCGUAGCAAAAGAUAACCCCAAUGUGUUGCAGGGUGAGCUGCAGAAGAGCAUUUCUUUGUCAGAUACCAGCCUGAUGGGCAUGGAUGGGAAUUGUGUGAUGGGAAUUGCAAAAGGUAUUCCAAGGACUGAACAUACUACAGAGGGCCACAGUCCUUGCUGUAUUGUUCCUAAUGUAAUCUCCCAAAAUAGUUAUUCACUCCUGGAGUUUCAUCCUACAGAGGUGGAGCAAACCAAUUCUGAGGACAAACAGUUCCUAGUAGCACAUCAACCUGAGAAUAAUGCAUUGUGUGCUCAGUCACCAAAGGGUGAUGCGUUUUGCACAGGUGAUCUGACAGAAAUCUGUAAGUACCCUGAAAUAGAUGAUAAAGCUACAGAGGCUUUGGAAUUGAACCCAGAAACUGAUGACAGUGAACUGGGUAUAGGCUUUAUGCGGAAGAUAUUCAGUGGCUGCAAACGCCAGUCAUUCUUGCUGCAUCAACAUCCAGUGAAGGAAUCUGCUACAGAAAUUCAAAGGGAAUUGAAUGUUGGCAAGAUGGAAAACAGCAAAGUUGACUGUUUGAAGAAAUCAAAUCAAAACAGAGACAGGAUUUGUGAGAAGAGAAGAGAAGCUGCUGUCUGUGUGGUGAAUAAAGGUAUCUCUGUCCAAAAAGUGGCAUCUUGCACUUCCUAUUUCUCUGAGCAUAAAGAUAGAGCUGAGCAUCUCCAGGUUGCCUCACAUGUUCCAUUCCCAGAUCAGCCAUCCUUGACAAUGCAGUCAGCAACUGAGAAUGUAGAGGAUGGAAGUCAGGUGCAAAGUCAAAAGCCACCAACUGAAGAAAGCAUAUAUCCAGAAGUAGAUGGGGGAAGUGCAAGCUCAAAUGGCGGCAGCAGCAGUAGCAGAAUCCCUAGUGUUGGUAGAAAUAGCAACGUCCAAGACGCCAUUUUAACUCUUGUUAAUAAGACAAGUUCCAGUACACCCAGCUUUUCACAAGCAGGAUUUGAAGACGUUGAAAACUCAGGGCUGACAUUACACUCUCAGCCAGAAUUGAUGCAGACAUGUCAUUCAAUUUGUCAGUCACCACUUCCUGAAUCUAGCUGUGUCCAUCUUGAAAAGAAAAGUAGCAUGGAACAAAAGCAAAUGAAUAGUGACAUAGGAAAAGCAAUUGAUAACUCCAGCCUGGGUGUUCCUAAGUGCCUGUUUCCUAGAGAGAACGUGGAGCAGUUCUCUGAGGAGGAGUUGCAUGACUUUGAGCUGUUAUCUGAGACACCAGAGGACUUGCUAGGCCCUCCCAUCAAAAACAAAGUGGCUUCGCUUAACCUUUGGGAAAUGGACAGGAAAGAUACCUUAGCCAUGUCUGCUGAAACAGAGAAGCAACCCCUCCUUGCGGGAGAGAUGGACAGCGACAACAGAAGCAGUUCUAAGUUGAAGAGUAAAGCCCAUUUUUCAGCCUGCAAGAAACAGGUGCAGAAGCUGCCAUCCUCGGAAGAGGAAAAUUCCAGCGAAGACGAAGAGUUGCCUUGCUUUCAGGCAUUGAUAUUUGGUAAAUCGGUAAGCACACCACCACAACCAAUGAAAAAGAAGGAUCCGUCAACAGAGUUGCUAGCAUGGAAGAGCAACGGCAUAAGUAACCUCAAAUGCAAGGUUGGGGAUGUCUCUCCAAGCCAGGAAUCAGAGUGCUCUAUGAAUUUGUUUUCCUCCCAGUCACAUGCUUCCGGGGACUCCAGCAGCAAACCUCAUGACUCAAGACAAUUAACUCUAGCUCUUAGUUCCAGAAAAAAGCUGGCAAGCCUCAGUUGGAAUAAAAAAACACCUCAAUCCAUGUGUAAGGUCUCCAAAGAUAUUAGUCAAGACGAACAGCAAGAAUACAUGAUUUCAGAAUCCAAUUUAGGUGAAGAAACCAUAGGCUAUGAUAGUGAAGCUAACCACCUGGGGGAUUAUAUGGGAUUAUCCUCCCAGAGUGAGAUCCUCACCACACAGCAAAGAGAUGCCAUGCAAAACAACUUAAAGAAACUUCAGCAGAAGAUGGCUGUUCUUGAAGCAGUUCUCAAACAUGGAAGCCAGAGUGUUGCCCCCAAAGGAUGGUCACUACCUGGCAAGGAAGUUGAUUUCAGUGGCGGACAGACAAGAUCAGCCAAGGGAAGUAAAGCAAACUUGAGAUCUGAAAGCAAACAAAGCCUUCUAGGUGCCUUCUCCCCCACUGUCAAAAGCAUGCAUCGACUUUCAGGCAGUUAUUCCACCUCUUCUUCAAAGCCUGAAGAGCAAAUUUCCAGCUGUUUGGCCAAAGAGGCAGCAAUGGGGGCGGCUGCUGUCACUCAUGAUAUACCAGGUGCACCAAGACACAAAGUACAGGGAAUGCCGGUCUCUCCCUUGUCAACCACCACACACUGUAGUACCAGCAAAGGGAAUUCAAAGUGUCCGCUUCUGACCAGUAAGAGGAAUAUGUCUCUGGUGGCAUCGGGUCUAAACCAAGGCGAGUUGCGACUAGCACAGAAGUUUGUCGGGAAAACUCAGAGCAUUUGGUCUAAUAAAAUUACUGCAGAAACAACCCAUGUAGUAAUGAAAACAGAUGAGGAUCUGGUCUGUGAGCGUACGCUGAAAUACUUCCUAGGUAUCGCUGCACAGAAAUGGGUGGUGAGCUACCAGUGGAUUGAACAGUCGCUUAAGGCAGGAACAGUCCUUCAUGAGGGGGACUUUGAAGUGAGAGGAGACGUAAUCAAUGGGAGGAGCCAUCAAGGGCCCAAAAGGGCAAGGGAAUCUUCUGCUGGAAAGCUUUUUCAAGGUUUGAAAAUAUGCUGUUAUGGGCCAUUUACUGAUAUGCUCCCAGAACAACUGGAAUGGAUGGUAGAGUUGUGUGGCGCAUCCCUUGUGAAGCAACGUGACUUAUUUGCUCAUGCAACAAACUCCGCUGCUGUGAUAGUUGUUCAGCCCGAUGCUUGGGCGGAAGACACUGUCUGCCAAGGAUUCCCACCACAAUGCAGUGCUACUAUAGUUUCACGAGAGUGGGUGCUGGACAGUGUUGCAUGCUACCAACGCCGGCCAUUUGAUGAAUACGUCGUGCAGCAGGUGUGAUGAGGUGGCCCUCUGGAAUUACUCAUCACUACAGAAUCUUCAGGACAGGAUUUCUAUGGCACUUUUCUGACAAACUUUCUUAUACUUGGAAGAUAGAUAUUUCAGUUUGCAUAAAAAUGCCCUGUCUCGCCAAAGGCAGAACUAAAACUGUAAAAUAUCUGUCUUUUGGCUAUGACUGAAAUAAUGAGCUGAUGUAUUAUUUGCUAUCUAGCUGCUGCCUUGUUUGGGAAGCCUUUUCUUUCUUUCUUCACAGCGUCUUGGAGAUUUAUCUCAGCCAGAUAGAAGCUGUUUAUUUACUUGUUACUUGUUCACAUAGAAAGAUGCACUUACGCUGGAUCGCUGACAUGCUGUACAGCCACCCCUUUGCUUAGAAAGGAGUGGCUGCACAAGAAGCCACUGCAAAGGACCACUGUGUCUGGGUAAGAAAACCUUACCAACCCUCUCACAGAGCAGACUGAAGCCAAGGGUUCAAGUGGCAGAUUGGGAGGAGUGGUGCGUUGUUGCCAUUGUCCUUCUGGCCACAAUCUGCACCUUGGCUUGCUUGAGUUGCCUCUGCACUUCCACUUGCUUGCCAUUGUGUUCUGCUGGGUGACUGUAUUGAACCAUCUGCUUGCACUCAGCUUGCCUGCCUCAGCGCAGCAGCGGUGCUUUGCCCCUUUUCCAAUCAGGUGGGGUGAGCUGCCUGCCUGCCCAUCUGGCUCCAGCUGCCUGCCAUUCUUUGGCGGCGGCAGCCCACCACCGUUUAGUGCCUGACUUUGUUACUUAAUGUUAAAACACUGAUUUUUUUCUGGAAAGGCAGGUCUGAAUCUGAGUGCAAUGAAAAAUGACCCAUUAGGAAACGCUCAACCCAUGAGUUUGCUCUAUGAGAGAAUAGAGAGCACUCUUUUGUACAGUUAAUGCUAGAGUGAGAACCGGUGUUCGGACUAAAGGAGUCCUGAAGCAGACACAACAGAAGCCCUGCUCCUGCCUUAUAAGGAGACCUGGGUGGGACAAAAGAGGCUGCUCUUGUCUCAAGGCUAGAGACUGGUCUGCGCAUGUGUCUUAGUAAUCCAGUCAGUCAGUAUCACUCUAUGGAUCUUUAGUUUUUGCCUCUCACCGAGGCGUUCCCAGCAGUUCAGCAACAUUAAGCCACCUCACAGUGACCCAACUGCAAUGAAGAGAAGUGAUGAUCUACACUGCUUGGAGUGACCAGGCCUGCAUAGAUGUACAGUGGGUGAGUGAGUGAGUGCGCGUGCUUUCCUUCUACUCAACAUAGGCAUGGCAGCUGAUUACAGUGGCCUAUGGCAGCUGUUUGGCUGCUUCUGAAGAACCCACCCUGCAAUACUCAGAGUUGUGAAGGUGCCACAUUUUGAAGCAUCCUAGGAAAGUCUCGGCUUUUUCUUUGUGGCAGGGCUGGGGUACUACUUCAGUGCCAUUUUACUUAAUAGCCCCAUGCUUAGCUAGACACACCUCAUUCUAAUAGGACUGGGCAGGGUUCUUUAUAACCCUCGUCAACAGCCAUGUACUUUAAAUUUGGCCAUCUGUAUCCUGAGACUAAGCCUAGCCCUGGUUUGAGUAUUUAAUAAAGCCCACAGAGGCAAGGAGGCAGCCUGGGGUCAAGUUCAACUGCUGCAGCACUACAGUUGAGAAUUUCUGUCACUUGUCGAAGGGGUUCUGAGACACCUCCUUUAAGAGUGUCAUUUCCCACAUUAUUUUAAAUGACAUUGGUAUUUGCCUGAUGCUUCAUCCUGAAGUCUCAUUUCCAGAAAGGAAAUAUUCGUUAACAAAAUGGCCAUGGUCACCUAGCUUUUAAGGGUGAGAGUGUUUGGUCAAAUGUGAAUGAAAAGCAUAUGUUUCGCGAAGCUUCUAGGAUCCUUUUAGAGACCAUCACCAUGCUAUACAGCCAUAUCUGCACCCAUUUCAUGGGUAUUUUUUGUACACAUGACUGCAGCUUGGAAUUGGAGAAAUGUUGGAAGGACAAAGAAAAUAAAGUAUUUCUUCACAUAAUACAUAAUUAAGUUACAGAAUUAGAUGUAUUAAAAAUAGACAUUAAUUUAUUGUAAUUUUAUUGCCAAGGAUUUGAAGAGUUAGGUGUGUGCUACAGGUAAGCAACCUGCAUUUCUUUUGUAAAGAAAACUUAGCCUUGAAAGAGCUUACAUUUCAUACAAAAGCCUGCCUAAGAAGGAUAAGCCCUUCUCUGAAACA